GGAGAGAUAGUGAGAAUCGAGAUGUUGAUGGCGAAGAACGGUGUUGGGAAGGAAGGAGGAGCCCUUGGUGGUUGUGGAGCCAAUGGGUUGGUAGCAGUGGCGAUAGAUAGAGACAAGACCAGCCAGAAUGCGCUGAAAUGGACGGUUGAUCAUUUGUUGCAGAGAGGCCAAUCCGUCAUUCUCAUCCACGUCAAGCUCCGACCUUCUCCUUUGUCAUCGAGCCCAUCUCUUAAUGGUAACUCUGCAAAGCUGAACCAAAUCAAUGGCGAUGCUUCAUUGGUAUGCAGAGACCCGGAGGGGCCCUACAAAGAAUUGUACCUUCCUUUCCGUUGCUUCUGUACACGCAAAGACAUACAAUGCAAAGAUGUGUUGUUGGAGGAUUCAGAUGUGGCAAAGGCAUUAGUCGAAUAUGUGAACCAGGCCGGGAUUGAGGUAUUGGUGAUCGGUACCUCUUCCAGGAACGGAUUUUUCAGGUUUAACAAGCCCGCGGAUAUUCCAGGCACCGUCACGAGGACGGCACCCGAUUUCUGCACAGUCUAUGUGAUAUCCAAAGGAAAGAUUUCAACUAUGAGAUCGGCUUCUCGAUCACCACCUUCUGUUGCUCCACUGCGUAGUCAGCUUCAUCAAGCUAAUUCAAAGCCGCCCCAACCUUCGCCCUCUCCUUCCAGUACUAAUAUUAAAGCUCAGAGACAGUCAUUUGAAUCACAGCGGAGAUCUGUUGAUGAUCAAUCAGAUUCCUCCUUCAGGUCACCUUUAACAAGAAGAGGCAUGCAAGGGAGGUCAUAUGGAGAACUCUGUGUCCCGGAAUCAGACAUAUCCUUUGUCAGCUCUGGAAGGCCGAGCGUUGAUCGUCUCUUUGCAAACUUCAAUGAUUUUGAACCAAGCCGAACUCCUCCAAGGCUCUCAAAUUUGUCAGACACAGAUUUUGGCACUAGCUUUGAGGCGAUGUCAUAUGGACGAAAAUCAUUGGAUAUAAACUCGCCGCCUGACUUCUCAUCAGGCUCAUUUGAGAGCGAAAGGUUUUCAUCUGCCUCCCAGACAAUGGAUGAAGUAGAGGCCGAGAUGAGGAGGCUUAAAUUGGAGCUGAAACAGACAAUGGAAAUGUACAGUACAGCUUGCAAAGAAGCACUCACAGCAAAACAGAAAGCGACGGAGCUUCAGCGUUGGAAGUUAGAAGAAGAGUGGAAACUGGAAGAGGCACGACUUGGUGAGGAAGCUGCAUUGGCAAUUGCAGAAAAGGAGAAAGCCAAGUCCAAAGCAGCAAUUGAGGCAGCUGAAGCAGCUCAACGGAUUGCUGAGCUUGAGGCCCAGAAGAGAGUCAAUGCAGAAAUGAAAGCCCACAAGGAGGCUGAAGAGAAAACAAAGGCCCUUAACGCCUUAGCACACUCAGAUGUAAGGUAUAGGAAAUACUCCAUCGAGGAGAUUGAACGUGCAACAGAGUUCUUUGCAGAGAAAUACAAGGUCGGAGAAGGUGGGUAUGGACCUGUCUACAAGUGUUUCCUAGAUCACACACCAGUGGCUGUUAAAGUUUUAAGCCCAGACGCAGCUCAAGGGAGGUCUCAAUUUCAGCAAGAGGUCGAGGUGCUAAGCUGCAUAAGGCACCCGAACAUGGUUCUCUUGCUUGGUGCCUGCCCAGAGUGCGGAUGCUUAGUAUAUGAGUACAUGGCCAAUGGAAGCUUGGAAGACCGUCUUUUCAGACGAGGAAACAGCCCCCCUCUGUCUUGGCAGACGAGGUUUAGAAUCUCCGCAGAGAUCGGCACUGGACUGAUGUUCCUCCACCAGACUAAACCAGAACCACUGGUUCACCGCGAUCUUAAACCUGCGAAUAUCUUGCUAGAUCGCAACUUUGUCAGCAAGAUCGCCGAUGUGGGCUUGGCCAGACUGGUCCCUCCAUCUGUUGCAGACCACGUGACACAAUAUCGCAUGACAUCAACUGCUGGAACGUUCUGCUAUAUAGACCCAGAAUAUCAGCAGACUGGCAUGCUGGGUGUAAAAUCUGACAUCUACUCGCUUGGCAUCAUGUUUCUACAGCUACUAACAGCAAAAUCACCGAUGGGUCUAACUCACUACGUUGAGAAGGCCAUCGAAAAGGGGACUUUAGCGGAUAUGCUAGACCCAGCAGUACCCGACUGGCCAAUCGAGGAGGCCACAGAGUUUGCAAAAUUGGCGCUCAAGUGUGCAGAGUUGAGACGGAAAGACAGACCUGAUCUUGCCACAGUUAUCUUGCCAGAGCUCAACAGAUUGCGAGUGCUAGCAGAAGAAUCAACACAGUCUGCAGUUGUCAUCAGUAGCCCUGGACCAUCACCCACCACCAGCCAUUCUCCCUCACAUUUGGAACAGAUGAGUGAUAAUCCCAUCCCAAUCCCUCAGUAAACGUUUUCUCCAAGAAAAUGACAGGAAGAAUUCAUACCUGCAGGCUGCAGAUGCAGUCGAGGCUCAUGUUCCUACCGGUAGUUACGCCUCAAGGUAAAAAUCCUCACCUUGCUCGUAGAUUAAAGAGAUAAACAGUACCUACCGAGUAGAAGUGUCUAAGUUGUACAGUACAUGUGAUUACAAACUUAACUUGCAACCUAGUUCAGGAUGGAGGAAAGAUAAUAAUACCUUUUUGCCUUCUGCUCUA